AUGCUUCGUGCGCUGGAUAUUAUUCUGUUUGGACCACCAAGACAGUCAUUACUUGUACCGGGAAAUGCAUCCUUUGUCACACUGUCAUUAGGAUUACUAUGUAUUUCAAUUGUGAGCUUCUCGCAUUGGUUCUAUCAUACACCAAGUUCUGAAAGAAAUUUAAUUGGGGAAAAACAAGAAAAAUUAAAUUCUGCUGAACAAACCUUGAAGCAACUUCAGAAAAGGCUGGAUGAUGUGGAACAUUUACGACAAACAUUAAAUGCCUAUGAAUUGAAUCAUCGCUUUGCCUCUUCUUCAGCGUUUCUGUCUACAGCAUCACAGCGCGUAAAUCGCGAAAAUUUAUCAUCCUUUAACCCAAUGAACACAGGAACCUUUGGAGAACAGUGUCUACCUAUUCAUAAACAGUCCUGCGGUCAACUACCGCAUAUUUCAAAUUCUGUUAUGGAAUUGAGUUUUCUAACUGAUUCACUCAGUGAGUCAGUUCAUUCGAAUGUGUUAAAUCCAAGCAUUCAUUCCGAUGAUGACCCGUCGAACAAUGAUCAGGCACAUUCUUUUCAACAUAAUAAAAGUGGAUAUUUAAAAGAACGGAACUUGAGAAACUCUCCUGGAAAUGAGUUUUAUAUACCAAGUGCUUCAGCCUCAAACCGUAGUGCUAAAUGCAAUUCAAGCGAAUUUCGCUACGAACUUAAACAUUGGCUACAAGUUACUUAUGAACUGGAACUUAAACGCUUUUGUGAGAAAAAGAUCGAAGCUGAAAAGAAACUGAAUAUUGCUCGACAAGCGUGUAUACGUUUUAAUCGUAAACGUUAUACUGUUUUUGGUUCUGUUCGACUAGUACACACGGAUAAUUUGGAUGAAUUGGAAAAGCGGUUGAUUAUUGCUAAGGUGGCUUUAGAUCAGCUUCAAACUGAAGUCCAAGAGCGCGUCAAUCGUUGGAGUCGCAUCGAAGCUUUAACAGGUCAUCUCAUACGUACAGAUGUUUAUAAUGAACAUGGGAAAAAUAUAGUUUGUGAAAUGGUGAACCCAACACAUUACUCAGUUGACAAGAAUAAUAAAUACACAGACAUUGAUAUCAAAAUGAAUAAUUCCGAUCAUUUGUUUGCAGUUGAACAAACUCUUCCUGAAGCUAAACUUGUGCCCAAGCAGACUAGCAACAACUCAGUGAAUAAUUUUGAUUGCAUUCAUGAGGAACUAUCGUUUAGCUCAAAAGAAUCAGUGCAGUUUAACAAUGAAACUGGUGAUUGUUCAAAAACUGUUCUGCCAAGAAAUUAUUCUUUUGUCAGACCAUUCGCUACUUUGUGGAGACGUAAAACGAAAUCUGGUCGGCGGAAAACAGACUCCAAGUAG